AUGAAAAUAAUCCCUCCGAGGGAGAAUCAUCCUGACACAGAUAAAAAAUAUCUUGUUUUAAGCAAUUGUCUGGAUCAGUUGCUUAAAUGUUGCACCAAAUGUAGUGUAACAGUAACAGGCCAAAAAAAGAAAACAAUUGGGAGUAUGCUAACUAUAGAAAUGAUUUGUCUUGAUGGCCAUAUCAACCACUGGGACUACCAACCAAUCAUAAAUAGAAAACCAAGCCGGUUAGCAUCAUACUUGAACUUGCAAUUUAUCAGUGAGAGUGUUUUCUAUGACACCCAGCGUCAGUUUGUUUUUCCAGUUUUAAAUCAGGCAUGGGAAAAUGAAAAACAAAUGGUAAGGCAGGAGCUGGUUAACAAGAGUGCCAUUAAUUUACAUGGUGAUGGGCGUUGUGACAGCCUUGGACGCAAUGCCAAUUCUGGCACUUACACACUUAUGGACGAUAACACUGGUAAAGUGGCGGCAUUCAUUGUUGUCCAGGUUUCUAAGGUCACUUCCUCUGAUACCAUGGAGAAGGAAGGUUUCAAGCGUUGCAUUGAUAGCCUAGAGGGUGAUGGCAUUGGAAUCGACUGUAUAGCCACUGACAGACGUUUCCAUCAUUAG